CCAUAAUUUCAAUCACGCAAGCCCAGCUGAAUUUUCCCUGUAUUAUCCUAUUCAAAAAUCCCCACGUUUCUCUCUCCAAAAAGCCUUUGAAAACCCAUCUCUCUUUCGCUUCAAUCUCUAUAAUUUCAAUUUUCCACUUCCCAAAAUGGCAUCUGGGUCAUCGGGUCGGGCGAACUCGGGUUCAAAGGGAUUCGAUUUUGGGACCGAUGACAUUCUCUGCUCUUAUGAAGAUUACGGUACCAACAAUCAAGAUUCAUCAAAUGGGUCUCAUUCGGAUCCUGUGAUCGGGUCCAAUUCGAGCAAGCAGGAUUUCCACAAAAGCAAAAUGACAAGGUCAUCAGUGUAUCCUGCUAGUUCCUAUAGCCAGCCAGAGGAUUCUUUCCAUUUCAGUCCAGAUGUUGUCUCUACUGUUGAGAAAGGCAUGAAAAAACAUACUGACAACAUCAUGCGUUUUCUUGAGGGUAUCAGUUCACGACUGUCCCAGUUGGAAUUGUCUUGCUACAACCUUGAUAAAGCAAUUGGAGAUAUGCGUUCGGAUUCUAUUCGUGACAAUGAGGAGGCAGAUUUAAAACUUAAAUCUCUUGAGAAGCAUAUUCAAGAGGUGCACAGGUCUGUCCAGAUCCUAAGAGAUAAGCAAGAGCUUGCUGAGACUCAGAAAGAAUUAGCCAAGCUUCAGCUUGCACAGAAGGAACCCUCUUCAUCAAGCCAGUCCCAAUCUAAUGAGGAAAAAGCACCACCAGCUGCCUCUGAUCCCAAAGCAACUGACAACGCAUCUGAUAUACGUAACCAGCAAUUGGCUCUUGCUCUACCACACCAGGUAGCACCACAGCAACAUGCACCACCUGUGCCUCCACUCUCUCAAGCCCCACCUCAGAAUGUGACUCAACAGCAAUCUUAUUAUUUGCCUCCUGCCCAAUUACCAACUCCAGCAGCUCCGAUCCAACACCCUCAGAACCAAUAUCUACCUUCUGAUCCUCAGUACCGAACACCCCAAAUGCAAGAUGUCUCUAGAGUGGCACCACAGCCUGCACAGCCACAAGUAAACCAGACGCUACAAGGCCAGCAAUUUCCUCAGUAUCAGCAACAGUGGCCCCAGCAGUUACCUUUGCAAGUACAACCACCUCAACAGACACAGCCCCAGAUCAAGCCUCCAUCUACAACAGCUUACACUCCCUACCAACCACCAUGUCAGCCAACAAAUCCCUCUCCACAAGAAACUCUGCCUAACAGCUUGCCCAUGCAAGUUUCAUAUUCAGGUGUUCCUCAAUCCUUAGCUAGUCGUGCUGACACCAUGCCAUAUGGAUAUGGAGCUGGAAGAACAGCUGUUCCACAGCAACCACGGCAACCUUCACUUCAGCAAAUUAAGGGCACUUUUGGAGGACAGCACAGUGAUGCAUAUGCAACUGCUGGACCUCACCCAGGCCAGCCUCCAGUAAGUGCAUACAUGGUCUAUGAUGGUGAAGGUGGGAGAACACACCAUCCACCUCAACAAUCUCACUUCCCACAGGGUGGAUACCCUCCUCAGCCAGCUGCAGGCACAGGUAUGCUGCCCCGCCAUUCAAGCCCUUCACACUUUUUUCGUAACCAUCCCUACAGUGACUUGAUCGAGAAAUUGGUAAGCAUGGGUUUCCGGGGUGAUCAUGCUGCCAGCGUGAUUCAGAGGAUGGAGGAGAGUGGUGAGCCUGUGGAUUUUAAUGCUGUGCUUGAUAGGUUGAAUGUGCAGUCAUCUGGGGGUUCUCAGAGGGGAGGAUGGUCAGGUUGAAGCCACCAUCACCCAUGUUCUAAACCUGAAUUGCAGGGACAGUUUGCUCGUUUUCAAUUGAAUAAAGGCAUUUAUAAUGCACGGUGUUCUCCAGUGCUGUGUAUAUAGUUGUUGAGUCUUCAUGUAUCUAUGAUGUUAUAUGUCAGUAGUUCUUCCUUGUUACAUGUGUGUUGGACCUUUCCCUCUGAUUUUUAGUAAGGGAGAUCCAAUUUCACCGCGAGCCUUUUAACUACUAUGUAAUUUGUGAGUAAUUUGGGUUUGUAAGCAUGAAUCCUUUCAUUGCUUUUUGUUUUUAA